AUGUUUUCCUUCCUUUGUUUAAAAAGCCCAUUAAUUAGAGAAAUUCCUUCACCCCCUCAGACUCAUUUGCAAAAACAUCCAAUUACAGCCGAUUUCAAGCAAAUUCAGCCAAAACCAGCAGUCAUUUAUGAAAAUUCAAAUCCUUUGGAGAUUAGGAAGCCCCUUAAACUUGGCGAUACAGGUGUUAUGUUACCUGCAGAAAAUGGUGCUUGGGAAUGGUUUGUAGAUAUCUUCGGUCCAACACCAGUUCACGCCGACGAAGUUCACAAAAAUUCAAGAUUCAUUUCUUCUACCAAUAGUAAACCUUCAACAGCCACAGGACCAAGAGUUCCGAUUAAGCCUCGUGGGCCCGUUAGACAAUAUUCUCAAAAACAAACGGAUCAUUUGAAACUUGUUGAUACUGGCGUUCAAUUAUCUACAGAAAAUUCUUAUUGGGAUACCUUCUUUCAAAGGGAUGUAAUGUCCUAUGGUCCUCAUCAAGGAAUCUUUGGUAACUCCAAAAGCAAAUCCUCAUUUCCAGGAAAACUUCCUCAUCCCGUGAGACCUCGUGUUAUCACAAGAGCUCCACCUGUUGAAACAUCUCAGUUUCAAUCAAACAUGGUCAAUAUCGCUGAAUAUGUAGAAAAGUGCAACGAUCAAUUAUUCUCCGAACAAUAUCCUUAUUUAUGCAAUGAAGUCAAUAGACCAGGUUCAUCUGAACUUUGGGGAAAAUUCCCCAAGGGUAAAACUUCGCCAGUCAAUCCAUCCACUAAAAUUAAUAUUCCUCGUAAUACAGGAGUUCAUUCCAACUCAAAGGACCUUUGGGGCCCUUUUCACGCAACUGAUGUUUUAGCUUAUGUUCCAAUCCGGAAAUGGUUUUGGAAUGGAAAAGAAGAACUGUCAUCAACAGAAAAAAGAUUGCAACCUCUUAAACUUGUUGAUACUGGGAUUCGCUUACCUGCAAAAAACGGCUGGGGUUUCUUCGCGCCUUUCAAAACUAUAGCUGAUGGUGUCCUUCAUCCAUUUGGAGAUAUUUCUCAAAUUAAUCAAAAGUCAUAUGAAACAGGUGAAUCCACAAGCAAAAACGAUUUAUAUGGUAGAUUCGCUCCAGAUCCUGUUUCACCUGAUAGGCGUCCAGUGAUGGGUGUAAAAUUACAUGCUAAUACAGAAGAAAGAUUACAACCUCUUGAAGUUUCUGAUACAGGUGUUCGCUUACCAGAAGAAAACAAUUAUUGGUGUGAAUUUCAUCCUCCUGCUAUGGGCGCCACUGGUGGUCGCGAUAUUAAAGUUGAUGUAAGUAACCCAGAGAUGCUCAACCACGCUAUAGAAAAUGGUGUAUGCGAUGGUUUAACUCCUAUUGAGUGUAUUAAGAAACUUUUUGGUCCAGGCAAAGGCAGCCCAGUUUAUGAACAAGAUGAAUCGUCAUCAAUCGAAAACAUAAAUCAACGUGAUAAAGAUUCUGAUGCAGAAGAAAACUUUUGGUGGCUAUUUAAUCCACCUAAAGCACACGCAGACGAACUUCACAAUUCCAAACAGUGA